AUGCCUCACCGCAGCCGACAUGCCACCCGCAUUGCCGGGUUUGCGACACUUGGCUCAAUCACAUACGGAUAUGGCGCUUCCAUAAUUGCUCAAACGAUCGGUCAGCCGCAGUGGUACGAGUCAUUUGGGCUCGAGCUUACGGGUUCACACACCGAUUUUGUCACAGGGGCGAUGAACGGGCUCUUCUCUUGCGGCGGAGCUCUGGGAUCGCUCUCGACUGCCUACACCGCGGAGAAGCUGGGACGACUGCGCUCGAUUCAGGUAGCAUGUGUCGUUUGCAUCAUUGGUGGUGCCCUUAUGACAGCAUCGUUCGGGAUCCCUAUGUUUCUUGUCAGCCGAUUUGUCAUGGGAUGGGGCGUUGGCAUGAUUGUCUGUGGCAUUCCUCUCUACAAUGCCGAACUCGCCACACCUGACAACCGUGGCCGCAGUGUCGGCUUCCACGGAAUUGCCCUGGCCUCUGGAUACGUGCUUGCUGGUCUCGUGGGCUUCGGCUGUUACUUCCAUGGAUCUUCCUCAUUCCAAUGGCGAUUCCCGUUUGCUGUUCAGCUGCUCCCCGUGCUGAUCCUGCUGGGCGGGAGCUGGUCACUUCUUGAAUCACCGCGGUGGUUAUUGAGCCAGGACAACGAAGAUAAAGCGUGGAUUAACCUCCGCAAACUGCACCACGACCCCGCUGACCCCAAUGACACUUUCGCCAAAGAUGAGUACUACCAGAUGACACAGCAACUGCGCCUCGAGCGGGAGAGGCGUGCAGCGAUGAAUGUGCGGCACUGGUGGGACUUCUUCAAAAGCGCCUCGUUCCGUAAGCGGCUGAUGGUCGGUGUUGGGGCUCAAGUCUGUAACUCAUUUACCGGAAACCUCGUCAUUGCCAACUACCAGGUCACCAUGUACCGCAGACUGGGUGUGAGCGAAUCCAUCUCGAUCUUGCUCAUCGCAUGCUGGAACAUGGUCGGCAUAUGGGGCAACUUCACCUCCGCCUUCUUUAUCCUCGACCGAUUUGGGCGCAAAACAUUCUACCUAAUUGGCAUUGCGGGUUGUGCGUUUAGCCUCUGCUUUGAGGCUGCGCUGACCAAGCACUUUGUUGAGACAGGGUCUACCAAUCGCGUCGGACUCAGCUUUGGAGUCUUCUUCCUUUUCCUGUACGUCGCAUUCUACGCCAGCUGCAUGGACAAUCAGCAGUACGUCAUUUGCAGCGAGAGUUUUGCAAUGGAAAGUCGAAGUUUGGGUGUAGCCUGCAGUCUCUUCGGACAGUUUGCCGCCACCGCACUGUUUGUGGGUGUCGCUCCUGCUGCGUUCGCCACAAUCGGUUGGAAAUACUAUCUCACCUUCAUCGUCCUUAGCUGCUUCAGCUUCACCUUUGUCUGGCUCAUGUUUCCUGAGACAAAGGGACUAUCUCUGGAAGAGAUUGCAGAAUUGUUCGGUGACCCCGUCGCUGUCCAUUUGAAUGAGAUGCAAGAUAGCAAACGAAGGUCCAGCCACGCCGAGAACGUCGAGCACUCCUCGAAAGCCGUCUGA